AUGUCGUACCGUCGCUAUCUCAUUGGCCGUGAUGUCCUGCUCGAUGGACGUACUGACAAAGGCACUGCUUUCUCAAUUGAAGAACGACAAGCAUUGCGCAUUCAUGGCCUUCUACCACCGUCAAUAGCCUCUCCAGAAUUACAAGUCGAACGGUUCAUGGAAAAUUUGCGCAACUUACCAGAUGAUUUAUCACGAUAUAUUGCUUUACUUUCUCUACAAGAUCGUAAUGAAACAUUGUUCUACCGUGUCGUAAUGGAACAUACUCAAGAGACUAUGCCUUUAGUCUAUACACCUACUGUUGGAUUGGCUUGUCAAAAAUAUGGCUUAAUUUUUGCAAAACCAAAAGGUUUGUUUGUAUCAAUUCAUGACAAGGGCCAUAUUUACGAUGUUCUUUCAAAUUGGCCUGAACAUGAUAUUCGAGCCAUUGUUGUUACCGAUGGCGAACGAAUAUUAGGUUUAGGCGAUUUAGGAUGUAACGGAAUGGGCAUCCCUGUAGGUAAAUUAAGUUUGUAUACAGGAUUGGGUGGUGUAGCACCUGAAUAUUGUUUACCAUUGAUGCUUGAUGUUGGGACAAACAAUAAAACACUGCUCAACAACAAAUACUAUUUGGGUUUGCGACAAAAUCGCGUCACUGGUAAAGAAUACGAUGAUUUUAUUGAUGAAUUCAUGCAGGCAGCUUCCAAACGAUUUGGACAUCAAUGUUUGAUUCAAUUCGAAGAUUUCGCGAAUCACAAUGCAUUUCGUCUUCUGGCAAAAUAUCGAGACCAAUAUUGCACAUUCAAUGAUGAUAUUCAAGCCGGCGAAGCAUCUAUUGGAAUGUCAGACUUACUUGUGAUCGCCAUGGAACGUGAAGGUUUGUCUCUUGAAGAUGCUCGAAAGAAAAUCUUCUUAGUUGAUUCAAAGGGACUGGUUGUCAAGAAUCGUCCAACUGGUGGAUUGAAUGAAGAAAAGAAGCGCUAUGCUCAUGAACUAGAAUCAAUCAUUCAACUAUCAGACAUUGUUGAUGCAAUCAAACCAACAUUUCUCAUAGGUGCUGCUGGACAAGGACCUGCAUUUACGCGUGAAAUUCUCGAAAAAAUGGCAUCAUUUAGCAAACAUCCUGUCAUCUUUGCACUUUUAAAUCCAACAUCGAAAGCUGAAUGUACAGCUCAGGAAGCUUAUGAGGCUACCAAUGGUGAAUGUGUAUUUGCUUCAGGUUCCCCUUUUCCAAAUGUUGAAUAUCAAGGAAAAAUCUAUAUACCUGGCCAGGGUAACAAUUCAUAUAUAUUUCCUGGUGUCGGCUUGGCCGUUGUGACAUGUCGUAUUCGGCACAUACCUGAAGAGCUGUUCUAUAUUGCUGCAAAAACUCUGUCAGACCUAGUCACAGAAGAAGAUCUAGCUGUUGGCCUUGUCUAUCCAUCUCUUGAAAAGAUUCACGAUGUUUCAAGAUCUAUCGCUGUCAGUCUUGCCGAAUAUGCUUAUGAGCAUAAUCUGGCCGCUCUCUAUCCCAAGCCCGACAAUUUAGAUCAAUUUAUUAAAUCAAAUCAAUAUACAGCCAACUAUCAAGAUGUAUUACCAUCAAAAUGGGAUUGGCCAAAAUUGAACUAA